CUGCUGUUGGCACAUAGCGGUGGGAGUGGCAGAUAGUUGCAGCAGCACGAGUAGAUCCCAAGUGAGCAGUAUUAAAUCCACGCUUUGUGGAUUAAAACAUCUCCAGUGAAGUCACAGAGCUGGUCGUGGCGUGUAGCUGCAAGGAUGGGGGGAAACAGCCCGAGUCACUUCUCCCACGAGGAGGGAGCAGGUGGGGGAGUUACGUUUGUGAAGGGCAUUCGGCUGUCGGACAAAGUCAUCAACAGGAUGAAGCAGUCGUCAAAGGUCGCCUUUCCUCACUCACAGAAUGAAAGUCCUCCUCCUCCACAUGUAACACAAACAUCCACCCCAGUCCCCGCCCCUUCUGUUGAAACCCCGCUACCUAUCCUGACACCACCGCCUCCAUUCAUUGCUGCUCCACCUCCUCAGGAAGCCCCAUCCUUGCCUCCGUCGGUGGAAUCUGCCUUUCCUGUGAAACUCGUCCCUCCUCCACCUGUCACGUUUCACACUCUUCCGCCACCUACUUCCCUAGAGGUGGAAGCCCCGCCUCCACCUGCAGAACCAAAAUGUCCUCCUGCGACCGACCCUGUUGUCUCAGCACUUUCUCCACCUCCAUCGCUACUUACUCCACAAGUAGAAGUACCUGUGGAGCCUCCACCCUCUGUAGUGGAGCCAAAAGUCCUGCUUUCUGUUGAAUCCUCCAUCCCACCUCAUGUUGAACCAGAAGCACCACCUGCACCAAUAAUAACAGAACCAAUAGUUCCUCCAGUUAACGUACCUCCACCUGUGGAUACAUUCCCUGUGGCUGUAACUUCACCCGAACCUUUCACUACAUCUCUACACCCUGAAAUUGUUAAAGAAACACCUCCAACCGUUAUCAAACCUGUUGAAGCUCCCUCUGUUGAACUCGUUUCCCCGCUCCAAGCCACUGCAACUCCAGCUGAACCUCCAACUGUUUUCGAACAAGUUGUAGCUCCCUCUGUUGAACCUGCAGUCUUACCUCCACCUGUGGAGUCCCUUCUUACAUCUGUAUCUCCACCUGAACCUUUAGCUCCAUCUCUACCUUCUGAACCAACACCACCUACUGUUAUUGAACCUCUCGUCCUUCCUCCACCUGUGGAGUCCCUACCAGUCAUUGUUUCUCCACCUGAAGCUUCAGCGCCAUCUCUACCCUCUGAACCAACACCACCUACUGUUAUUGAACCUCUCGUCCUUCCUCCACCUGUGGAGUCCCUACCAGUCUCUGUAGCUCCACCUGAAGCUUUAGCUCCAUCUCUGCCUUCUGACCUUGUGACGCCAACACCUCCGAAUGCUUUCGACCCAGUUGUAGCUCCCUCUGUUGAGUCUGUUGUCCUACCUCCACCUGUUGAGACGUCUCCAGUUGAUUUAGCUCCACCCAAACCUUCAGUUCCAUCUCUGCCUCUAAUAGAGAAACCAACAUCUCCAGCUUUUAUAGAACCCGUUGCAGCAGCUUCUUCUGUCGCACCUGUUGAACCUGUUGUUCUGUUGACGCCACCAGAGGAAAAAGUCCAACCUCCACCUACUGUUGAAUUCACACCAUCUGAACCAAUAACUCCACCUUCUCCUGUUGAUACAGCUCCAGUUGAGGUGGUAGUUUUACCCCCACCAGAGGACAUUAACCUUGGGGAGCCCGAAGUGACACUUUUUGCGGUUGAAGAAGUGCCUCCAUUUGUGGUCCCGGCUGUAGAUGCACCACCGCCAAGUGAACCAGAACCAGUCCCCGCACCAUCCCCUGCUGCUCCAGAGUUCACACCUCCACCCUGUCACUCUUUGGAGCUGGCCCUUGUACCUGCUGAUGCCCCUGUAAGUGAACCGUUUGUAGAACCUCAAGCGCCACCUCCACCUGAUCCAGCUCCACCUGCUGAGGUGCCAACAGUGACCCGGUCUCUUCUGCCUGUCGUCGAGGAUGAAGCACCUGCUGUCGCCUCCGUGCCUCCAGCCGCAGCAGCUUUGUCUGCGUCUCCUGAAGAGGUGGAGGAAGGAAUGCGGCAGAAGAUCAAAGAGGAGAUGCAGAGGAGUCUGGAGGAGGAAAUCAACCUGAGGAGGAUGGAGCUGCAGCGACAACUGGAGGAGCUGAGGGCUCAGGCUGCAUUGGAUGCCGCCGCAGCAGCUCAGGCUCAGGUGGAGGAGCAGGUGAAGAAGACGCUGGACGGGGAGAAGUCUGCUAACAUGGAGAACCUGAAGGAGGCCAUCAUGAAGGAGCGGAUGAAAACAGAAGAUCAGAGGCUCAUGGUGCAACUUUAUUGGAUGGAGGUGAAGGCUCAUCAGCUGGACGAGAGGGAGAAAGAUUUAAAGAAACGAAACACUCUCUACAAGGAACAUGUUGCCAAACUUGAAAAAAAGUGCAGUGAAUUCUAUAAAGUGACUGCUGAGAGUUUCCAGAAAGGCAAAGAGGAGACCAACAACCGUUUUAAUCGUUUUAACAUCCAGCCAGUGUGUGGAGACCUGCAGAGUCAGAUUUUAAAAUGCUACAAGGAGAACACAGGAAAGACUCUGUCCUGCUCCAGCAUUGCCUCAGCCUACAUGCAAUGUGUGGACAACGCCAAGAAGAACAAAUUGAGCCCUGGAGGUUAACACCAUCUGAAAGCUUUGCUGUUUCAGGAGUAUCCACUUCAGCCUUUACUGGAAGAAACGGUGCCAUAAAACACUCCAGCUUUGGUGCCUUGUUUGCAUCCUCUCUGGUUCUUGGGAUCAUUUUUAAACCAAAUGUGCUCCAACACUGAUAGAUAGAUCAUUGCAUUUUAAGAGCUUGUGUUUGUCAAAAAAAAAAAGGACAAAGUGCUGAAGAUUAGGGUUUGUUGGUUGAAUUACAGUAAGGUGUUUUCUAUGAGAUAUAUAUUAUAUACAGAAUGAGAUCUGUUAAUCUUUAUCUAUGUGUGCCUUAAAGUUAUUAUGAAAGAUUAUUAAGUGAUGGCAAAUGCAUGAAGGAACACUACAAUGGGGAUGAGAGUGUGAUGUAUCAAAGACUGGUGUGUUUUAGGUUAUUGUUCUGUACAUAAAUUAUUUCAGGGACUUUUUCUGGUGCAUGGAAAUAAAAAAAUAGUUCUCUGUAAACUGUGUUGUAAAAGUACAUGAGGUGACCCACAGCAGAAGUCUAUAAACCACAUUCACCAAUGAUGAUUAAAAGGAAACAUAAUUUA